AUGGCUGAAUCUGUUGUAUCCUGUGUAAUCAACAGUAUUAGUGAGUUGCUGAUUCACGAAGUCGAAUUCUUACACGGUAUUCGAGGCCACCUUGAGCAAAUACGAACGAAGCUUAGGCGUCUGCAGUGUAUCUCAAAAAUUGCAGAUGCCAGACAAGAUGAAGAUGAGAGGAUCCAUAAUUGGGUUGCAGACACCAGGGAGGUUGCUUAUGAUGCAGAAGAUUGUCUAGAAUUCUUUUCUGUUGAAAUUGCAUCGAGAAAGGAACACAAUGUUUUAAGAAGAUCUGCUUUUCUGUGGAAGGAAGUUAAAUCCUUGCACCAUCUUGGGCCAAAAAUCCAGAAUAUUGAAACUAGGAUCUCUGAUCUGGAAAAGGAUUUGCGAGUUAGUCAUAUAAGUUCUAUAUUUAAAGGAGAAAUUUCAAGUCCUCGUUCUGAGAGACGCCAACAGCUAAGAAGAUCUUAUUCUCAUCAUGAAGAGGAUUUUGUUGGAUUAGAAGAAGAUGUUGAGAAAUUGGUAGCAGAAUUGGUGAAGGAAGAUGGUAAAUGUCAUCAUGUCGUCUCCAUUGUCGGCAUGGGUGGCAUAGGAAAGACUGCGUUGGCCAGAAAGGUUUAUUAUCACGCUGAUGUUCGGAGUCAUUUUCACGCAGUUGCUUGGGCUUCCAUAUCUCGUCAAUGGCAUCCAGGAGAUGUUCUGCAAAGGAUCCUUAAUAAACUUGUACCAGAAAGUAGGGAACAAAUUAACACGAUGAAAGAUAUUGCAGAGCUCGUCAAGGAGCUUUUUGAAGUUCAGAAAAGGAAAAAAUGUCUGGUUGUGCUGGAUGAUAUUUGGGAAAAGGAUGUCUGGCGUAGCCUCAGACCUGCCUUUCCUAACAGGAAGCUGGGUAGCAGAGUAAUUGUCACAACGCGUAACAAAGAAAUCGCAGGAGACAUUGAUACAGAUACGACAUGUUUUCUUUAUGAACAAAGAUUCUUGAAUGAGAAAGAGAGUUGGAAGCUCCUUCUGAAGAAAGCUUUUGCUGGUACAAUUAUUGCAGGUAAACCUGUCUUUAAAUGUGAGGAUGAAGAUGCACGAUCAAGCACGUCUAGUACAAGCAGCUUCCACUCUUGCUUAAGUGAAAAUGAAGAGGAUGAAGCCAUGGGUUACCCCAAGAUGCAAUGUUCUGAAGAUGGUAUUCAAGAUAUGGAGAAACUUGGAAAGGAGAUGAUUGGACAGUGUGGAGGAUUGCCGUUAGCUAUCAUUGUGCUUGGGGGACUUCUCAUGACAAAGUCUACACUAAAGGAAGAAGAAUCCAUCAUGGACAUGGCUGAACGUUAUUUACAUGAACUGAAGCAAAGGUGCAUGGUUCAAGUUCAAGUGGAGGAGUCAACUGGUAAGUUCAAGUCUUGUCAACUUCACGACCUAACAAGAGAGUUAUGCUUGUUAAAGGGAAAAGAGGAAAAUUUUCUGAAAAGGAUUCCUUUUUCACAAGAACCGGAACUAGUAGGUUCCUGGUCUUCAUCAUCUAGGACAUCAGCCGGUGUUACACGCAGACUAUCCGUUACUGUGGAUUCUGAUUUUGAAACCCAUUUUCCUCUUAAACAGGAGAACUUGGAUCGUGUUAGGUCAGCAUUGUUCUUUUCCAGGCAUACUGACAGAAAACAUCAUCACUCAUUGACCUUGCUUUGCAAUGGUUUCAAACUGCUUAGAGUUUUAGAUCUUGAAAGGUUUGACUUUGGUAGAAAACUGUCCAAUGCUAUUGGGGACUUAAUUCACUUGAGAUAUUUGAGUUUACGAGGUUCUCAAUUUUAUAAACUGCCAUCAUCUAUAGGUAAAUUGAAAUUCCUGCAAACACUGGAUUUACGUGUACCUUUUUUUGUCUGUUUGACUAUACCUGAUGUCCUAUGGAAGCUGAACAACUUAAGGCACUUGUAUCUUCCUCCUUCUCACAAGAGUAAAGAUAAAUUGAAGCUGAGUACUUUAAGUAAGCUGGAGGUUUUGAAAAACUUUGAUACACGAGUUUCUGAUGUUAGCGAUAUCCCCAAAUUAACCCGACUUCAGAAACUGUCAGCAAUUUUCUCUCUGGCGAUGGAGAAUCUGGAGGCAAUCAACAAUUAUCUCAGGAGAAACUCCAACCGUCUCAAGGACUCUUCUUUCCGUAUCCGCUAUGAUUUUAAGUCUGACAAAGACUUAGCUCUUUUAAGGGAAAUGGUAGGGUAUACCCAUCUCCGUAAAAUGGAUUUGAAUGGCUGUUUAAAAAAUCUACCAGAACAUGGACGUUUCUCUGAAAGUCUCACCAUGUUAACCUUAAGAAACAGCAGACUUAAGGAAGAUCCAAUGGCUGUUCUGGAGAAUCUGCCCAAGUUGUAUUCCUUGGUCUUACGUCGUGAUGUAUUUCUGGGGAGUGAAAUUCAUUGUUCUUCAACUGGUUUCUGCCAACUUAGAACUCUUGUAGUCCAGGGAAUAACUACCUUGGAGAAUUGGAGGAUAGAGAAAGGAGCUAUGCCUAAUCUUCAAUAUUUAAAAAUAGAUGAAUGUGUUAACUUGAAGAUGGUUCCUGAAGGAAUUGAAUUUGUCACUACAAUCAGGGAACUGGUGAUAGCUAACAUGCCUGAAGCCUUCAAGCGCAGGGUUCAAAUGGUGCAGGAGGAAGGAGGAGAAGAUUUCUACAAAGUUGAACACAUUCCUUCAAUUACCAUUAUUGACACGAGCAGAGGCCUCAUUAGAGAAUCGGAAAAUCAGCUAACAGAUAAUGCUUUCUCAGGACUUCUCAGAAAUUUUUAUCCUUCAGUAGUACCAAAGAAAUGA